AUGCAGUCAAGCUCACUGCAUGCCGAUGUUAGCGGCCUUACAAUCAAGGCACUGCAAUUGACUCGGGAGCUACGAAGGCGUCUGAUCCGUAAUGUCGCUUCGAUCCCCAACGGAAAACUUCAAAUGCCUGGUUUCAAUAUGCCCCUGAACAGCUUACCUGAUCCGAAUGAUUUAGAUGGAUAUGACGGCGAGCUAUUAGGCUUUCCGAAUGCCUUAGACCCGACUCACACGGAGAAUAUGUAUGACAUCGUGACACACCGAGAGAUUUUGAUGAUGCGAGUAAUGAAUAACAUUACAGACAAAAUCGAUUGGGAUAAAAAGGUCUUCGACAAGCACAUCACUUCCAAAUGGCGCAAUGAGAUCACCGAGAGUGGGCAAGAUGUGACUCCAAAGAUGAUGGAUUGGAUUAUCAAAGAACUGCAGUGGAAGGCUGGUAUGUUCCAAGAGACAGGUUAUGUCACUGUUUUUGAUGUUGGAGUCGUCAAAUCCGACAACGCCAUUUCCAGUGAACUGCAGCAGGAGUUGAAACAAGCUGCAUCUCUUUUUGAAAAUGUUCCUGAAACCCAAAAAGACUACCAUCCUGGAUCCGAUCAGAAAGUUGUGAAUCUGGUCCAUCCCUCAUUGUUUCCAGUCGUCUAUGGUCGAACUCGUGUUCUCCCUGACCAAGUCAUCGGGGUCGGUGAUUGCCUGAGCAGGAUGGGACAGGGUACUUUGAUUCCAAUUCCCUCAGAAGAAGAAAGCCUCGGCGAGGCUGCUUCAGAGCGUGGUUUCACGAUUCAUGACCGCGACCGUAUUCAACCGAAAUUCAGUCGAAAAUUCCAGUGGCUCCCAUGUGAUGUGGACAUCAAAAAUUCCAGGUGUGAGAUCUUGUCUUACAUCAACAAUGUUCACCCAGUUCAACAUCGGGGGCUGUACGAUGUUAUUGAGAAAGUCAUUGCGAGAACGAUCCCACUUUGGGAUAAGUCCUUGAGCAAAAAGUCGUCGCAUCAAAGAAUCUCGUAUGGAGAGGUUGAGUACGAUGAUUCGGUAGAACCAGAACCUAUAUAUCCUCAAGACCCCGACGAGAACUUCGACGAAGAUGAGUAUUUUGACCAGCACGAGAAGUGGGAGAGUUCCCGUCCGAUACGACUACCUGAGCCAACGGAAUUCGAGAUUUGCGAACAUGAGAAUUCAAAUACAAUCAACUUGAGCGGGCAAUUCGGCCACGAGGGACUACAAGUGAUUGUAAAGUUGGCAAACAUUGAAUUGACACCCGAAAAGCCUGACUAUGGAGGAGGUACCUGGCACAUCGAGGGUCAAUUGAAUGAGCGCAUAUGUGCAACAGCAAUCUACUAUUAUGACAAUCACAACAUCACUGAAAGUUCGUUGUCAUUCCGGCAAAGAGGCGCCGACCUGGACGACAUGAAAUACGAGCAAGACCGGCAUGAAUUCCUUCAAGAUGUCUAUGGCUUGGCUAAUAAUGGUUACUGGAAUGGAACAGAAAUUACGCAAGAGGUUGGAGGCGUGGUUUGUCAAGAGGGUCGACUCCUGACAUUCCCCAACUCUGUUCAGCACAAAGUGUCCCCAUUUUCGUUGGCCGACAGAUCAAGAAGCGGACAUCGCAAGAUCCUCGCACUGUUCCUCAUUGAUCCUUAUAGGCGGGUGAUUUCAUCUGCCAAUGUGCCCCCACAGCGAGGGGACUGGGCGCCAACGAACUUGAAGGAUGUGAAUAGUGUGCAUUCACGGAUUUCAACUAACUCGCCGGAUACACCUGGUCAGAAUAUAUCCAGUUCGAUGAUAAGCAUGAAAGAGGCAGAAGCUUACAGACUUGAGCUCAUGGAAGAGCGCAGUGUCCGGGCUGUGGAGCACAACAAUGUGUUUAAGGAUGGAUCUUUCCACUUGUGUGAGCAUUAG